CAAACCUCGAAUGCCAGGAAAUAGAUAAUUUGCCUUAUAUACGUAACUAUACAUAGAAUGGAUACAAAUAUAAAAGCAAAAGAAGACUAAAAUGUAAGUGAAUGGAAUCUACCAUGGAAUCAAAAUUCUCCCAAUCCGGCACCAGGAAGUGAGAUUCGACUAGCUGCAUGUUCCAUUCUUCUUAAGGGGGUUUAUUUAAUCUCUUUUAAUUCACGUUAAGAUUAUAAUUGCUACAAAAUAUAUUGUUGUUAUGAGCCUUAGUUAGCAAUAUUUAUUCAAAAAUGCAUAACAUUAUGGCUAGAAAUAGACUAAAAUUUCAGGGAGACUCACCCUAAGGGUAAAAAUGGAAUCGUCUGAAUUGAGAGUCUUCGUGAGCGUACAUGCUGCGCUGACAAGACGCAACGACCGUUACCGAGCAACGUGCGGUGAACGCGCAUCUAUAACCUCCCAAGUUCGGAAUGUAUUUUCCUUCAGGUGAGAAUGAGUCACGCAUUGAUAACGAAGGACAAGUUUUUCAGUGUCUUUAAUAGACAUAUUCCAACAAAACACAAGAGAUCUGCUGGACACAAGUGUUCCAGCUGUUCCGGUGACACACAUGCGCCGACGAAAACAAAAAGACUAAAGACACGAAAAGAAAGAAGUAUGAGACGAUGCAAUGGAGCGGACCGCCCAAAUAUAAAGUUCCAUCACCAUGACAGCCAUCGAAGUAGCCAAGACGUCUUUCAUAACUGCUGUCAUAGCAAGUGCCACUGCUCCUCUCAGAAAGAGUUUUGUUGUGCUGCCCAGGAGCCCAGCAUCAUCACAUCCAAGCGCCUUGUAGGACGCCACAGAGGCUUCAACCAUGAGGUGAAAUCUAUUGACAUAGAGCGCUUCUUGACAGACCAGAUAAGAAUGGGGAAAGGUGGACAAAAAGAAGCCAGAAAGGGUGACACAUCAGCUCAUUCAUCUUGCUGCCCUUCAGUCCCUGUCACUGAUCGUCCAGCUAGUGACGAUGAUGAGCUUCUGCUAUUUGGAAAGAAACCAGAUCUAACUAAAGAGUCACACGAUGAUUCCCAGGAGAACAUUAAGGAAAUCCCAAACUCAAGUCAUCAGGCCAGGGACCAAACACCUCAACAAAAAAUUGAACAGUCUGCUGACAAACAUAAAACAAAUGAGAAAAACAGACAUUCGCUCUUAGUUUUUGAGAAUUCUAAAGACUCUCAAGUAAGUCCACCAUCUCUGAAUGAGGUUGCAGCGACACAGAAAAUGAAUGUAUCACCUCCAGAAACCCUCCUCAAAGUGACCUCAACUUCUGUCCAGGAAGUAAAGUCCAAGCAUCUCUCCUCCAGGCAAAAGAACCCUUCACUGACUAUGUCAUCGGGGGGCAAAAACAGCAAGAUGAGUGGCACUCAAAAUUCAAAAGCUCUCGCAGAGAGUAUCAGAGCUGCCGUGCGGAGGUUGUGUGGCCCUCAUUACUUUCCACUGUUGAAAAGAAGGGACCUGGAGGCAGAAAGCAAAGCCACAUUGAUGAAAGCUCUGCGAGAGCGGCAUGGACCAGACCUUCAUAAAAACCUCAAGCAAGUGCAGAGGUGUUCCAAGCUGAAUGUAGAGUAUGUAUUAUCUGUCCAAAAUCCCAGCCAGGCACCUGCUGCAAGGGAUGAACAUGAACUGCAGUCAACAGAUCCAUUCUCAACGCAAGUUUUGGGUGGCCCCAUUUCACAGUCACUCUUUGGAAGCCAGGGAAACACCAAAUUUAAAAUGAAUAGGAAAAAACAACACAACUGGAAAUCUGGUUCCAAGAGCUCUAAAACGACUACUGAUUGGCUGCCUAGGCCUGAGGAGACUUCAGGUCAUCUGUUUGAAGAUCUCUUCGAAGAAGGUUCACCACCAUUUGACAUGAACUUUGACCCGCCAACAUGUUCAACCAAUGAUCACCUGUUCAGCACUUCUUUUAACUGGGGUUCAAAAACCUGUGAGUGUGACGACCUGGAUGUCUGGCCUGAAGUGCCCAAAAUGUCACAGUUUAAUUUCUUUGAUGGCCCCUUCAUGAAUAACACAGAGUCACCAACAGGGGGCAGAAGCAGAGUUCACCCUAUCAACAUGCAUCCCACUAGUUCCCUCUGCCAUUAUUCAUCGCAGCCGAAUCAUACACAUUUAAAGCCGAUUUUCCCAUAUAGCAACCCCUUUUUUGCAGCUUCCUUUAAUGAUCCACGAAGCGGAUUUCGUCAAAAUUCAGCCCACUCAUUUCUCAGCUCUCCUCGAAGUCACAUGUCUAAGUUUCCUCCUUCACCCCGGUUUGAAAAAGUCAGCUCUCCUCUCACUUCCCUCUCGAGCCCAGAUCCUUGGCCCUUUCCUCCAAUGAGACUCUACUAAAACGCUCAGAAUCCACAGUAACACAAUUAUAUCCAAUUCCUAAUGAAAACUUUACUUUAAGGAAUCCCAUAUCAGUGCUGCAGGGAAAAAACAAAUAAUGCAUUAUUUGCAAAUCACACUUUUUUAUUUUUUUUAAAGCAGAAUUGUAGGUAAGCACACAUUAUUAUAUGUAUAUGCUACAAACCUGUGCCUUGAGUAUCGAUACAUAUGUCAUUUGUGGCUGAAUAACAAUGUCACAGGUGUCACAUGGUGUGUAAUAAAAUAAAAA